AUGCGUCGAGGGCUGCUGCUGGGGCUGCUGCUGCGCGCGGCCGCGGAUGACCGCGUCGUGCCAAGGAGGCUGGACACCGCGGUGCCGCCGUGGCUUGUACGCGGCGCGGACCUCGAGGCGGUGCCCCUGGACGUGACGCGGGCGCUGCCACUCGAACCCGGCGGCGGCAGCGCGCAUCGGGGCCUGCAAUCCUCCUCCGACGCCUGCGACUACGUCUCCGUGUCGGGCUCCACCGGUUGGUCCUCCUAUCACGGCCUGUACAAUUCGACCGGAACCUGCGACUCCAAGCCCUCGUACGAGUGCCUCGACUGCAGCGGCUCGGGUCGAAAGAUUUGGCAUCACCCUUAUGGUUAUUGGUUCAUGGGCACGGACGGCUGCGACUCGACCGCUUCGGGCAUAAACAUCAUCUCAAACGACGAUCUCGAGGACGUGUCCGGAGAUUGGAGGGAGUGGGACGGGUCCGCGUGGUCGGCCAACUCCGCCAUCGCAGUCACGUGCUACUCGUAUUGUAAGGAGAUUCCCGGCUCGACGGACAAGUAUAGGUGCUUCGACUGCGCCGACGCGAGCGCCCCGGCGAGCGUCGGCGACGGCCAGUGUGAUGCCGCGAACAACGUCGAUCCGUGCUACGACGGCGGCGAUUGCUGCGAAACGACUUGCGUCGACGGCAGCUCCACGUGCGGCUCCUACGACUGCAAAGACCCCGACGCGCCCCCGGUGCCGGACCCGUACUACCCCGACGCCGCGUGGUACCUCGAAGCGAUCCGCGCGCCCGAGGCGUGGGCCGCGGGCUACACCGGCGAUGGCGUCCAGAUCCUCAUCAACGACGACGGCGUCGACAACACGCACCCGGAUCUUGCGAAGCUCGACGUGGCCAACUCGUGCGCCGUUUAUGCCCCGUGCACGGGAAGUGACGGCACAUAUGAUACUCACGGGACAAACUGUGCGGCGAUUGCGGCUGGCGACUCGAACUCGGCUUGCGGGGUCGGCGCCGCGCCGGACGCCGGCAUCGCGUCGUGCGUCCAAAGCUUUAGCAAUUGCCCCAGCCCCUCAAGUGAGGACACCCUCACGCACAACUACAAUGUGAACGAUAUAUCGUCGAACAGCUGGAUUAUCUACAGGUGCGCGGAAUACUCAACCUCGGCGACGGACUGCCCGUUCGCGUGUCCGUCGGUGAGCUCGGCCGACUGCCCGUGCGACGCGUGCGAUGGCGACGACUGGGCGUCAGGGAACCUCUCGUCAACGUGCAAGGAUGCUGUCGUGGAUUACUGCACGACCUACUUCGACGACGACGUGACGCCCUGCUUGGAAUUGGACCACUACUUCGUCGAGUGCGGCUACAGCCAGAUAUCGACCAGCGGGCACAACAGUCUUGUCGAUGGCACGACAAACGGUCGGGGCGGCCUGGGCACGGUGUACGUGUUCGCCGCGGGCAACGAGUACGACCGCGGCGAAGACGUCAACUACGCGGGCUACCAGAACAGCCGGUUCACGAUAACUGUCGGCGCCGUCUACGCCGAUCUCACGCACUCCGACUACUCGCAGAGUGGCGCCCCGGUCUUCAUCGCCGCGCCCGGCGGCGACGGGGGCGACAUGGCCGUCGCGAAGCCCGUCGGGAACGGCGUGACCGAUGAUUGCGCCGACGCGGGCCAGGGCACGUCCUUCGCGGCCCCGCUCGUCUCCGGCGUCGCGGCCAUGGUCCUGGAAGCGAACCCCAAUUUGACGUGGCGCGACGUCCAGGGGGUGCUCGCCGCGACCGCGCGGACCGACUUCAACGACGAGGACGACGAGACCGGCCAGUGGACCACGAACCAGGCCGGCGUCAAACACAGCUACAAGUACGGUUUCGGGCUCGUCGACGCGCUGGCCGCGACGGCAGCGGCGACGACCUGGACGACCCUCGGCGCCGAGAUCACGCUCGUGACGGCGACGACGAGCGGCGCGGCCCUGCUCGACUUCGACGGCACCGAGCACUGGGUCGAGUCGGAAGCGGCGGAGUUCGGUUCGUCCGACUUUGUCAUCGAAGGCGUCUCGGUCUACGUGACCAUCGAGCAUCCAAGGAGAGGCGAUUUGCGGAUCGAACUCGAGCGAAACGGCGUCACUUCGCUCUUGACGGACGACAAGCUCGAGCUCGGUACAGACUACACGAACUGGAAGUUCACCACGCUUCGGCACUGGGGAGAGACCGCCGACAGCGGCGCGUUCACGCUCCGCGUCGCCGACCAGCGUGCGGGCUCGGGCGACGACGACGACCUCGGAUCGCGGCGACGGCUCGACGACGACGACGGCGUACUGGUAUCGUGGACGCUGCAGCUCUACGGUCAUGAUAGCGACACGUCGACGCCGUGGACGCCGCAGCCGACACCUCGGGGGGGUUGUGAUUCCGUCGCCGUGUCGGGCUCCACCUCUCAAUCCAGCAGGCACGGAACGUACUUACCUGACGGCAGAUGCGAGGAUAACGAGGAUAAUGUCUACUACAAAUGCUCCGACUGCAGCAGCACGAAUUACCUCUGGUAUCACGACUCUUACGGCAGAUGGUACAUGGGCCCAGACGCAGUGGGCGAAGACGGAGUCGUCUGCAGCUCGUCCCUUUCGGGCAUUUACAUCAUAUCAGACGAAGACCUCGAGGACGUGUCCGGAGAUUGGAGCGAGUAUACUAGCUCUGGGUGGUCGGCCAACUCGAACAUCGUUGUUCAAUGUAGCUCAUCGCCGUCGCCGUCCACGAUGCCGACGGGGCAGCCCACGGCUCUGCCGACGGCGACGCCCAUGCCGACGGGGCAGCCCACGGCUCUGCCGACGGCGACGCCCACCGCGAUCCCGUCGUCCGCGCCAACGGCCGUGCCCUUGUCUGGGCCGACAUCCCCGCCUUCGGCUACUCAAGAGACCUACGAGCCGACGGUCGAGGAGACCGCGGCGCCGAGCUACGUACCAUCGAGCGCGCCUACAUAUCCGCCGACGGUCGAGGAGACCGCGGCGCCGAGCUACGAGACGUGGGUCCCCACGACUGCGCCGCCGAGUUAUGUGCCGUCCAGCGCCCCGACCGCGGCGCCGGCGGCCCCCACGACUCCGCUGCCGAGUUAUGUGCCGUCGAGCGCCCCGACCGCGGCGCCGGCGGCCCCCACGACUCCACCGCCGCCGAGCUACGUGCCGUCGAGCGCCCCGACCGCGGCGCCGUGGGACUCACCGACUCCGCCGCCAAGUUACAAGCCGACGCCCUCGCCGACGGUAACACCCGGAAAUCCCACGGCGGCUCCCGUAUUUGCGCCGACGCCGCGGCCUUCGUCGCCGCCUUCUAGCGCCCCGACCGCGGCGCCGACAGUGACCGCGGCGCCGACCCUUGUCUUCAGCCCUACGUUCCAAGAGACCUACAAGCCGACGGUCGAGGAGACCGCGGCGCCGAGCUACGAGACGUGGGUCCCCACGACUGCGCCGCCGAGUUAUGUGCCGUCCAGCGCCCCGACCGCGGCGCCGGCGGCCCCCACGACUCCGCUGCCGAGUUAUGUGCCGUCGAGCGCCCCGACCGCGGCGCCGGCGGCCCCCACGACUCCGCUGCCUACGUUCCAAGAGACCUACAAGCCGACUUAUGUGCCAUCAAGCGCCCCGACCGCGGCGCCGGCGGCCCCCACGACUCCGCUGCCUACGUUCCAAGAGACCUACAAGCCGACUUAUGUGCCAUCAAGCGCCCCGACCGCGGCGCCGGCGGCCCCCACGACUCCGCUGCCUACGUUCCAAGAGACCUACAAGCCGACUUAUGUGCCAUCAAGCGCCCCGACCGCGGCGCCGGCGGCCCCCACGACUCCGCUGCCCUCGACGCGGCCGACGCCCGCGCCGAGUUAUAGACCGACGCCCUCGCCAUCGCCGUCGCCGUCCACGGGGCAGCCCACGAUUCUGCCGACGGCGUCGCCCGGGCCCUCGCCAGGCCCCACGGCAGUGCCGACGGCCGAGCCUACUUUUGAGCCGACCGCCGCGCCCAGCGCGGCGCCCUCGGCCGCGCCAACGGUCACGCCGACGCUGGCGCCGACGCCCGUUCCCAGCCCGGUGCCGACACAAGCUCCAACGCCCAGCCCGACAAAUGCGCCGUCAACUGGACCCUCGCCAGCUCCGACGCUAGCGCCGACGGUCGAACCUACUUUGGAGCCAACCGCCUCUCCGACCGCGGCGCCCUCGGCCGCACCAACGGUCACCCCGACGCUUGCGCCGACGCCGGCUCCGAGCGUGGUGCCGUCGUUGGCUCCAAGCCCUAGCCCGACGGUCGCGCCGUCGCCCGGGCCGUCGCCAGGUCCCACGGCCGCGCCAACGCCGGGGCCUUCGCCUGAGCCGACCAUAGCGCCCAGCGCGGCACCCUCGGCCGCCCCAACGGUCACACCGACGCUCGCGCCGACGCCGGCUCCCAGCGCGGUGCCGUCGCUGGCGCCGACGCUGAGCCCAACCACGGAGCCUACUCAGGAGCCGACCGCCGCGCCGACGGCCGAGCCCACGGGCAUACCCACGACGCCAUCUCCAAGCGCGGUUCCGUCGAUGGCUCCGACGCCUCUCCCGAGCGCGGCGCCGAGCUCUGGGCCGACGCGAGCUCCGACCGCGCUGCCGACGCUGCGCCCGACGGCCUCGCCAACUUCUCAGCCGACGCUCACGCCGACGGCCACCCCCACGAGUAUGCCUACGACACCAGCUCCGAGUGCGGUACCCACGCUCGAACCUACGAGCGAGCCCACGAUCGAGCCUACGGCGGAGCCCUCUGUGGAGCCGACGAGCGAGCCGACGGCCGGACCAACUCCGGAGCCGACCGCGGGGCCUACUCAGGAGCCGACGGCCGAGCCGACGUUGGAGCCCACUGCGGUGCCGACGGCCGAGCCCACGAGCGAGCCUACGGCCAAGCCUACUCGGGAGCCGACGGCUCUUCCGACCACCGAGCCGACCUCGUUGCCCACUUCCUGGCCAACGCACAGACCGACGCCGCGGCCCAGCCAGCGGCCGACGCCCUGGCCCUCGCCAGCUCCGGCGCCCGCGCCUACCUUUCUGCCGACGCCGCGGCCGUCGCCGGGGCCAUCCCCGAAACCGACCCGAAGUCCCACGCUCAAGCCGACGCCCGAGCCGACGGUGACACCCGGAAAUCCCACGGCGGCUCCCGUAUUUUCGCCGACGCCGCGGCCUUCGUUUCCGCCGACCUCGAUGCCGACCAAAAUUCCGACGUCUGCACCGAGCCCCCGGCCGACGCCGCUGCCCACGCCGCGACCGACACCGAGUCCCUCUCCGGAGCCGUCGCACAAGCCGACGCCCAGCCCGACGACGGCGAUGCCGACGACGGCGCUCCCGUCGCCCGCGCCCACGAGCGUGCCCACGAUUUCGCCGCCGCCGUCGCCGGUGCCGUCUCUGGCGCCAACGACCAUAAACUACCGCCUCGCGGACUUCUCGGUGGCGGCGCCGCCCGAGCUGGCCGAGGCCGCCUUCACGGGGACGGGUCUCAAAGUAGAGCAUCUGGUCGUCAACCUCACGGUCCCAGCAACCAAGCCCGUGAGGGUGACGCUGCGCGGCGGCGGUCGGAGCGGCGGUAACCUCCGCUUCUACGACGAGGACUCAGAUAACCCGGGCUACGCGCUCACGUCGGACGCCGGAAGCGCCUCCGUCUCGAAAUGGAUCCCCGCCGGCGACACCAAUUGUACGGUCGCCGCCGGCGCGCUCCGUGAUCGCGUCGACAACGGGGACAGCGUCGCCCAGAGCGUCACGGUCCUCCUCUCGUCGACGGACCCGAUCUAUGGCCGCGCGCGCGGCUUUGAGAAGACGGUUUCCGUACAUGUGCUGGACGUCGACGAGUCGCUGAUCGCGGUGAACAAAUUCCUGGCGACGACGGACCCCGUCACGUCUGGCGCAAUAACGGCGAAAGCAAAGGAGAACGCCGCGACCUUCGUCUUCACGGCGGCGCUGACGAGCCUACCGUUUUCCGCCGUGCGCCUCGAGGUCGAGGGCGACGUCGACGCGUUCGAGAGCAUCUCCGUCGACGGCGCCGACGGAAUGAACCGCACCGUCGAGCCCGCCGACUGGGCCUCGCUCGCGACGUACGAGUUCCGCGUCGCCGACGACGCUGUAUUAUCCGGCGACCGCAACUACUCCGUCUGGUUCGUGGCGCGCUCGGCCGACGCCAACUACGACGGCGUUCGUUCUCCCAAUAUGACGUGCCAAGUCAUCGAGGACGACGUCGCCUUCGCCACCGUGAGCGGCAAGGCGCUGACGGUCGGGGCCGGCAUCAACGGCCCGACGUUCGGCGACGGCUACUGGAUCACGCUGUCCGCGCCGCCAAAGGCCGACGUCGUCGUGUCGCUCGGCUGCGCCGACACGAGCGUGUUCUACACGAAGCAGCUCUUGUUUACGCCGGACGACUGGGAUCGGAAGUACGUGGCCGUCAACGCCUCUCUCGCAGACCCAAACAUCUUGGAGGGCAGGACGGCCAUGCUCACGCACUCCGUCGCCUCCGCUGACGCCUUCUUCGACGGUCUCGCUGUCUCAGACGUCGAGAUCGCUGUCGAAUUCUCUGUAGAUAGUGUGCCGCCGCCCAAGCUGGAGCUCGUGCGGUUCCUGGACGGCGGCAACGGCCUCGACGUGCUCUUCGACAGCGCGACAAACAUGGUCGACGGCGAGUGGGAUAUUGAUUGCGCCACGCUCUUCGAGUACGCGGCGCAGCAAUUCGGCGCAGAUGGUACGUGCUCCUGGACGAACUCGAGCGCGCUGCGCGUGACGUUCGGCGCGGGCGCCCAGAUCGUGCCGUUCGACUACGUGGCCGCGACGGACCUCAACAGCGCGUAUCUCAAGGGCGACCUGCUGAAGAACGACCUCGACGGCGCGACGCUCACGAGCGCCGCCCAGUACGCCGAGGCCCAAAAGCCGCUGCACCCCGUGGCGCCGGCGAUCUCGAUCACGGCGCCGGAGAGCGUCGGCGUCUGCGACGGCGUCGUCCUCGACGCGCGCGGCGCCACGGGCGGCGGCUCGCGAGCUCUGACGUACAACUGGGGCGUGCUGACGACCUGGGACGCCGAGACGGACGCCGACAUGGCCAGCUUGGCGGCGCUCGAGACCAAGCUCGCGGCAGCCGACGCUGCCGGCGCCGUGACCUUGAGCCUCGGCUUCGACGACCUCCUCGCGGGCCGGGCCUACGACUUCCUCAUUGCCGCGACGAACUUUCUCGGCGUGACGACCACGGCCUACGCGACCGUCGGCAAGCUUGGGUCGCCGUCGCCGCGGGUCCAGUUCCAGGGCGCGGCGACGCAGACCAUGGUCCGGUCCGACCGCAAGACGCUCAAGCUCGACGUGGCCCUGCCGAACCUGACCUGCACGGACAUGAACGUGUCGAGCGCCGCGCUGGGCUUCGCCUGGCGCGCCUGGCGCCUCGAGGGCGCCGAGUGGGGCGACGCGUCGCCCGAGCUCUCGCGCGCGGCCAUGGAGGAGUACGCUGCGAACCCCGUGUCCUGCCGCCUGCCCGUCGACGCGCUGCGCGCGGGCGCGACCUACAUGUUCCGCGCGACCGUGGGCUUCGCGGACACCAUGACCAUCAACAGCUCCGCGACGGCGACGGUCGUCGUCAGGUCUCAGGACUUGAUCGCCUCGAUAUCGGGCGGCGUUGAGCAGACCGUCGCGAUCGGCACCGCCGUCGAGUUGGACGGGUCCGAGUCGUACGACCCCGACGACAACGACGCCGAGGGCGCGAUGGCAUACGCGUGGACCGUGGCGCGCGUGCUGGACGACGGGGGCCGGGAGGACCUUUCGACCGCACUCCUCGACAACGCGACGCAACCCGUCCUCGCGUUCACGCCGACGACGGCCGCGGGCUGGGCGAGCGACACUUCGUACGAAUUCACGCUGACCGUCUCGCGCGGCACGCGGAGCGCGGCCUACAGCGUGCUGGUGUCGGUCUCGUCGGACCAGUACAUGCCCCGCGCGACGAUCACGGGCUUCGACGAGAGCGUCAAGUACAAUCCCACGGAGGGCGCGUUCACGGCGAUCUACUUCAAGGCGACGUCACCCGAUCCUGACAGAACGAUCGAGCAAACCGCCUGGUCCGUCGGCGACGGGCAGUCCGCGGGCCUCCUCGGCAAGCCCAGCGGGGCGCCGUCUCCCAUGCUCGUCGACCUCGGCAAGACGCGGCCCAACGCCGUGUACCGGCUGAAACUUACGGUCACGGACAGCAUCGGGUCGACGUCCUCGACCGUCGUUUCCCUGACGACGAACGGCCCGCCCACCUCGGGCACGUUCGCCGUCUCGCCGUACCGGGGCACCGCGCUGACGACGGAGUUCGAAUUCCUGCUCGACGGCUGGUCCGACGACGUCGACGACUACCCCCUCACGUACACGUACAGCUACCGCCAGCGGGUAAGCAGGGGCGGCGCCGGUCGCUUCACAAGCUUCGCGGACCGUCGGGCCGCGAUCUCGGCCCUGACGCCGCUCGUCGCGGACCAGUACGCGAGCUCGUGGUUCGUCACGACGCUGCCGCAGGCGGACAACGUCAACCUCACCUGCGUCGGCCGCGUCUUCGACCGCUACCUGUCGUACGCGCAAGCCUUCACGCCCGUGCGAGUGGACGCGCUCGAGAUCUCGACCGAGGACCUCUCGGCGUUCGCCGGCGAUCUGUUGUCGGCGUCGGCGGACACGGGCGACGGCGAGGCGUCGCUGUCUUUGGUCUCGAACGUGGCGAGCGUCAUAGGCGGGACCGACGCGAGUCGCCGGAGGCUUUCCUCCGAGCAGGAACUCAUCGACGACCUGAUGGGCCACACGAUCAGCGCCGCGAGCCUGGUGGGCACGGACUCGUCCGCGGCGGCGGCGACUCAAGUCCUGUUCACCGUCUCGACGCUGACCGGGGACCCCGACUCUCUCUCUGAAAGCGCGCAGACGGGCGCGAUCGGACUGCUGCGCGAGGUCGUCGGCGACGCCGCGACACAUGGGAUCGACGACGACACGGCGGCGUCGGCGGCGGAUGCCGUCUCGAGCCUCCUGGAUGCGAGCCUGUUCGCGUCGGGCGCGUCGAACAGCUCCCUGGACGGGCAGAUGACCGGCACGGUGGGGGCCCUCGCGACCGGCAUGAUCGUGGGCGCCUACGGCGGCCAGAACAAGAGCGUCGUCACUGACAACCUGGAGCUGCGCGCCUUCCGGACCGACUGCGGGACGCGGGACGCGGCGUUUCGACUGUCCUCGGGGGCUGGCGUGACGGACCUGCCCGCCGCGGCCCUCGACGCAGCCGCCGGAGGCGGCAGCUGCGACGCCGACGCGACGGAAGCGCCGGCCGACGUGGACGUGAAAGUGGCUCAAUUGAAGAACGUCCGUGCCUCUGAGGGCGACGGGACCGUCUCGGACCUGGUGCAGAUCGAGCUCGGCGGCGAAGGCGCCACGGUCAAGGUUGACAGUCUCGCCGAACCCAUCGUGUUCGACAUCCCGUUCGACGACGACCCGACGCUCGCGGCCGGCUACGACCCGGGCAACCGCACGGGCACGUGUUAUAAUCGGUCCCAGGUCCUGAGCUUCGACUGCGACGUGCCCACGACCUUUGACUGCGGGGAAUCUCACGAAGUGACGCUCCCCGACGGGUCAACGACAACCGUGACGGGAGCUAACCUUCCGCUCGAAAUCACGGUGAGCUGUCCCGCCAGGACGGCCGCGUGCUCGUUCUGGGACAACGCGACGACAAGCUGGUCGUCCGACGGCUGUGCCGCCGUCGCGUCCACGGCGUCCGGCGUGACGUGCGCGUGUACGCACCUGACCGAGUUCACCGCCUCGACGAACGAGACGGACGCGGCAUUUUCCGCGGACGCUCAGCCGUCGCCGGCGCCGACGCCGGAGCCCACGACCGGUCAGCCGUCGCUGGCCCCGACGUCGCAGCCGUCGCCGGGGCCGACCACGACGGCGCAGCCGACCACAAAUAAGGGAACCUGCGAGUGCUUGGCCGCCGCGCCGACGAAAACAAUUACACCGGCCGCGAAGUCGGCAAUAUACGGCUGCCCGCGCAUUUGCAGCCUGUCGGAUUGACCUCUUCUGUACAUUCGAUUCCUCUAAUAGCUAAUUAUUAAGACCACAACAACUUAUCACGUCCUCAUAUGCAUCUCCAGGAAGCGUAGAGCGUCGCAAGCGACCGC